CAAGCUUCCUCGCCGGUUGUUUUAUUACAUGCGGUAUGUCAUACUAAUGUAUAUAACAAAUCGGAGCCCUUCUAGGUCUAUUCAGUACUAUUGAAUUCAUCGCACUUUAGAAGAGCUAAUCAAAAUGAGAAGUCUGUUUGUCUGUAUUUUGGUAUUUGUUGGUACCCAGCAACUAGUACGUUUAGAUGAGAUUGGCCAGUGUGUGUCGUUAAUUGAACAAGUUGCAACAGAAGGUUACCUUGGAUGUUUUAGGGAUAUAGAUAAUACUAUGCUACCAUCAAGAACUGUCAAAGGAUUUCAAAAAUUAACUCUGAAGAAGUGCCAACAACAAUGUCAGGGCUACACAUUUUUAGGACUGCAAUUUGCUGACGAGUGUUUCUGUGGUAACAAUCUGAACACUGAUCAGUUCAUAUCAGUUCCAGAAAGCGACUGUAACAUGAAAUGUAGUGGAGAAAACAGGAUGUGUGGAUCAGGUCAUAGGAAUUCCGUUUACAGAGUACCAUUUUGAUAUGCUGGUUAUUGUUAACUCGAAGUGACUGGAAAGAUGCAACGACAAUUGUUUUUCAUUGCCUUUUAUUAAGCAAUAAAAUAUUUUGGUACACAUUAA